AUGCAGCUAAUGUUGCUGCGGCCAAUGCCACCAGCUGAGCCAGCGCCUGUCCCAAAGCCCAAGAGGCCGCCGGAGCCCGAGCCAGUCCCCAAAGGCAUCCAAAAGUCGCGGCCGGCGAACAGGAGGUCGGGCCUUCCGCAGGCGUUCGCGCCGCCCCAGAGGACCCUGGCGCCCAGCCAGCUCUUGGCAAUUGCCCCGCCGCCCAAAGCGCGCCCCAAGGAGGCCGCGAAGCCUGGCAACAAGCGGCCGGCCUCGCAGCCGGCCUCGCAGGACGCACCGAGGCCCACCAAGGUCCUGAAGGUCCGGCAGAUGGCGCCCUUGCGGCCGGGCUACGAGCGGCCGCUGGCGGCCGCCCCCUAUCAGGCGAACCCAACGCCUUUCGGCCACUACGCCGCUGGAAGUAGCCAUCCCUCGGUGCCGCCAUGGCGCCAUGAGGCUGUGCAGUACGUCCCUCCGCGCCCUGCCCCUCCGCUGAUUGGGCCGGUCGUCAUCGGGGCAGCCCAGAAGGGCGGGCAAUAUCGAGACAUGCGCCGGCCGAACGUGCCGGCAAACCCGCCCAUCGGCGCGAGGCGCAGUGCGAGGCCGCCGCCCAACAGGCAGAGGAAGACUUGGAAUGUUUAA